GUGGUUUUCGUGAAGAGCACACAGGAGAUCAAGGUGAAAAGGAGGUUCAAGAGCAAAAGGGGGAAAUGAAAGGUGACAGUGGAGGAAUUGGUUGCUCACGAAGGAGCAUUGGUUCAGGAAUGUCUCAAACCUGUGGAUCCUCCUCUCACUUAACUUCAAAAAUGUGUGGUUGUGGGGAAAGAUUGUUGGUGUUGAAGGCAACCACAUUGAAGAACAAAGGGAGACUAUUUUAUAGAUGUAGAAAUUGGGCAAGUAAUGCAAGCUGUAACUACUUUGAAUGGGUUGAUGAAGGGCAUAAUGAAAUUGAAGGAAGCUUACAAAGGAAGAGUGAAGAAGUUGAUGUUUAUAUGGAAAAGGCUUUAUUGGAUCUAAGGAAGAAGAAGGAUAAGUUGAAGAGGAAAUUAGAGCAGAAGAGGAAAAAUUUCAAAAUGAUGUUGGUGUUCUUUGUAUUGUCAUGGGCAUUGACAGUGAUAUUAUGUAUUAUGUUUGUGUUCAAGAUAAAUUGUAAUUAGGUUCGUAAUGUUGUG